AAUAAAAUGACCGUCAUGACCGCUGCCGUCAGUCACAUGAUGACCUUUCACCUGAGGUCAUCCGUGACGUACCCUAACAGUCGUAACUGAGUUGCUGCGGCAACCAGGGACGCUGCAGACAGACGCUCUGCGGGAGAAUUUCAUUUCGCUCUAAAAAGGGAGAACUUCAGCUGCCGCUGUGUGUAUAAAGCUUAGGGCCACUGCCUCACUCCAUCACAGCCAUGGCUUUCUGCAAACUACUGACUGUGCUGGUCCUGAUCCACAACACUGGAGGUUUGUUUGGGGCUGAGGUGGAGAGCUCCAUCGUUGGGAAGAAGGAUGCUGUUAAGGACAGAUGGCCGUGGAUGGUUCACAUAAGCAUCACAACAUCUGAUGGCACCGAUAACUGGCGCUGCGGCGGCUCCAUCCUCAACGAUCAGUGGGUGCUGACCGCUGCAAGCUGCUGGGAUGACCAGCGUAAACCUAGCUUGCGUCGAUCAAUGGUUUUUGUUGGCUCAUACAAGCUGCACGAGGCGACUACACGUUACGUGGGUGUAAAUGAUGUCUACAAACACCCUCAGUACCGAUCCUUUGGCGGAGGCUCUGUGAACAACAUCGCCCUGGUCUGGCUGAAGAAAAAGUUGACUAAAGGACAGGGUGGACGGGUGACUCUGUCCACGGCCAACGUCAACUUUCAUGCAUCAUCUGAGUGUUGGAUCGCUGGCUGGGGCCACAUUGAGAAUGAUGUUCCACUGCCGUCUCCAGAAACCCUUCAGGAGUUGAAGAUCCCCAUCGUCUCUGAUAAGGAUUGUAAGGCGGCUUAUCCUUGGCUGACGUCUAAAGAGCUGUGUGCAGGGUACAUGGCAGGAGGCAAGGACACCUGCACAGUCGUGUUUUUUUGUCCUCUUCAGGGGGAUGAAGGCGGCCCGCUGGCGUGUCGUGUUGGUGGUGAGUUUAAGCAGGUGGGCAUUGUGAGUUAUGAGAGUCCUGAAGGCUGUGGUCUCAGUAACCGCCCUGGCCUCUACACCAGAGUGUCUGAGUAUCUGGACUUCAUCAACGGUUACAUCCACCGCGGCUAGAAAGCUUCAGCCAAGGUCUAAAUUUCCCAGAAGCUGAAGCUGUCCAGUCGACUCACCAGACAACCCGCCUCUUUCUAGUUUUUCUCGGAUUGUUCUGUCAGUCCAUGCAGUCAUUUACACUGGAUGACAUGUACUCUGCUUUCCUCAACUAAAUUCUUUGCAUUAAAGCUUUUAAGCAUCA